GUAUUUAUACCCAGCGAGACGGAUCAUCAGUCGGCACAAUUUUGUCAUUCAGCUACUCCGAUACCCAAUCAGAUCCACCCCCCAGGUGACAAUAGAACCAAUGAAACGCAAGACUACACACGGUCGGUUUUACCAACAAUACAAAGUUUUCAUCUGUGUGUAUAAUCAUAGCGGCUACUUCAUGUUUACAGCCGGGGUACAUAAUACCAGAACAUUUAAAAAUGAUUUGGUAUGAGCUCAUUUCGACUACCAUACCUGGAAGUUAUUUGAAUGUAUAGAGACGCAUGUUGAAUUGUCCGAGGGGCGGUGAGAAAGCUGUUAUUAUCGUGUGAUCAAUAUUCUCAAGAAAAUUUUCGCUGCUGGAUAUUACGACCUGCUGAUGCAAGUUUGGGCCCACGCUGUUGACUAUAGGACAUUCCAUUGGUGGCACCUCAUCAGUGGCACUCACUGGAACAACUGCCUUUUAUCGGAGGAGGGACUUGUAAGAUUUCAAAUGUCAACCACUGCAGAAAAAGUAUUUGUGAAAUGUCAGAGGAAUGUAUUUAUCAUACAAGACCGAAAAAAUGAAUUUUUGUGACAAUGAGGGAAGAAGAGAGCUUGCAUGCUAAGUGUUAAUACAAACUUAUUAGAGACAAAGACUUGAUGCACUCGUGAGGAUUGAGGGACUGUGUGUUGCGUGAUCGUGUGUUAUCGUUUGCUGGAAUUUCUAAAGAUCAAUUGUUGACAUCACAGCGAACCCUCAUAUCUGCACCAGCGUCACAGUUACAUGUACAGCCUUCUCGCUGCUUGCCACAAUCGUAUAUCAAAUGGGCAGGAUUCUCUCGGCCAAAAAAAUACUGUCAGUGCCAACAGGGCCAGAGUGAUACGGAGACAUAGCGACCCUGGGAUGAUGGUAUGAUCAAUGUUUAUCUUGUGUGAGCAACACAUCACUCUUUGACAAUGGAGGAUAUUCAGAUUUCCAUGGAUCGAAUUCCGUUAGAUAUCAUGUCUUCUGCUGCCCGAAAGAAAUACACGGAUGCAAUUACAAAACAGAACACAAUAGCUGAAACAGCUAUACAGUCUCUGGAUUCUCUCAAUGACCAAAUCGUACAAUAUAUCUUCACGCCAUCAAAUGGACAGCCUUUUGAUUUCGACAAAGACCUCUUGCCCAAUGAACAAGAGACACUGAAGUCGUCGAUGGUGUUGAUUCGACGGCUUCUUCACGACGCCCAAAGCAAGUUUCGUAAAAUGGUAGAAGACAAUAAACAGUUGGCAGCUCGAAUCGACGGAUCUAUACACGCGGCUAACCAGGAGGUGAAUGCCCUGCGCACAGAACUAGUGGACACAAAUAAGCGAUUGUCGGAGAUAGGAACGGGAAUUGAGAAACGGGACUGUGGAGUUCAAUGUGACAGUGAAAACACGCCACGCCACAAGGCUGACGAGGAAAAUGAGUUGAAGCAACUAAGGGAAGAGAACUCUCGUCUUGAGGCACGCCUCGCAACACUGGAACAGGAUGACCUCAAGGAUAUUGCCACGGAAACCACCAAGAUUGGCGAGAUGAAGCUUGACCUCAUUCAGACCAAACAGGAACUCAACCGGGCCAAAGAGGCGUUACAAGCAAUGAAGGGGGACCGAAAGCGUCUGAAGGCAGAAAAGCUUGAGUUGCUGAAUCAAAUGCGUCAGUUAUACACGACGCUGGAGGAUAAGGAAACCGAGCUCCGUGACUUUAUCCGUAACUAUGAGACGCGUAUGAGGGAGAGCGAUGAUACCAUCAAACAGCUUGCCACAGAACGUGAGGACUGUGAACAUGAACGCUGGGAUUUGAUGAAACAAGUCCGGGACGGACAGGAACGCACCUUCAUACUCCGGUCACAACUCGAAAGUAAAGAUGCACAAAUAAAAAAGUUGGAAGUAGAUUUGGUCGAGGCGAAGGAGCAGCAAGUGUCUGGUCAGAAGCAUCGGAGCAGCAUGAACCACUCGCCAAACAGCGUUGGAGGUACAACGACGAACAGUGAAGAACUACCCCCGUACGAAACGCCACCCCCCACUGCAAAUUUCAAUUCCAAAAACAGUAGCAUGGAAGUACUGCCGGUUACACCCAACAACAAGACGAGGGAGAGAAGCAAUUCCCUCACACCGUUGCUGGAUAGCUCUGAUUUCAGCCCUUCUAGUCAAGACGUAACGGAGAGUCCCGUAGACUCUAAAAAGAAGAAACGGAUCAGCCUCAAUUCCAUAUCCCGAGUAUUUUCAAGGGGUCGGGUCCGACGAUCUAUAGCUCUUCCUACAGACGCUGACUUGGAUGACAUUCCACCCAACUCGAGAUUGACCUUAUUAAACCCGGACAACUAUCAAGAAAAACUGCAGAUUGUCGAGCAAUCUAAAGGUUGUCACAUGACUCUAUGGAAAGCCAAUCAGGUGUUGGCCUGGCUCGAGAUCGUUCUCAACAUGCCCAUGUAUGGAAAAAUGUGCACAGCUAACAUUAAAAGUGGGAAGGUCCUGUUAGGGCUCAGUGAUUCGGAACUUGGAUCAGCACUCGCAAUUUCUAACCCGAUGCACAGGAAGAAGAUUCGGAUAGCAAUAGAAGAGGCGCGGAAUCCAGCAGACAUAGCAUUCCCCAAGUCCUGCCUGCUUGACCACACAUGGGUGGCACAUCGCUGGAUGGCCGAUCUGGGUCUGCCUCAGUACAUACAAUCAUUAGAGACCAACCUCAUCGAUGGACGCAUGCUCAAUAUUCUCACAAAGAAAGAGAUGGAGAAAUACUUAGGUGUCCAUCGUAAAUUCCACCAGGCCAGCAUUCAACACGGCGUCGAAUUACUACGCAGACUCAAUUUCGACAAAGAGAUGCUGACAGAUCGGCGGUCGAAGUGUGACAGCACCGACACAGAUCCUCUGGUCUGGAACAACCAAAGAGUCAUCAAGUGGGUCCAGAGCAUAGACCUGGAGGAAUAUGCUCAAAAUUUGAAGGAGAGUGGCGUACACGGGGCGUUAAUGGUGCUAGAACCUCAGUUUACGUCGGAUACCCUGGCCACAGCCCUGGGUAUACCUCCUUCCAAGUCAUACAUCCGACGACACCUCAAGACGGAACUCGAGUCUCUAGUCAAACCUGCCAGAAAUUCCAUUAAUGUUGUAAACGGUAACAACAACAAAACCAUGACACGGAACUCCACACUUACUAGGUCCUUUAGGAGCUCUUCCGUAACGGAAACUACGGGGCCAAAAACGAAGCUUAGCUUCCGGGGAUCUCUUGGCAGGGCCUUCGGAAGGAAAGUCCGAGAAGACAUGAAAAGUUUCUCCUUCGAGGAGACAACACCCAGAAGGAAAAUCUCAGCCCCAAUGAACUUUCAGCACAAUUCACUACAAUCAGUAUUCGAAGUGGAGAAAGUGAAAACAAACUCCUAGCAUUUAUGGAUAAUUUUGUAGACUACUACAAGUAUAUAUAAUUCCUAGUUCUCAAACCCUGUGGAAAAGUGCAAUUUUUUU